AGUUUCUCGUUGGCUACUACCAUUUUGAUGUUCCCCAGUAAGCUUAAUCCCCAAAUGGCCGAGGCCACGGGUGGUCGAUCGGUGGGCGGCACCGAGCACAGCUGGUGUAAAGCCGUGCUCGGUGGCACCGGAAUCGUUGUCCUUGCAAUUUUAUCGUCGAAAAAACCCGAUGUAUCAAAUCUCGAAAAUGCCCUUAAGAAACUUCAAAGUUCUCAUCCAAUUCUCAUGUCCGAGAUAUAUUCAAGCACAUCGAACACAUUUUUCCUCGCAAAAUCUCCCACUCCUUACAUUAAAGUAAAAUCCUUCGACAUCUCGUCAACCACUAAAAUUCUCAAAACACAUUCCAAUCAAAUCAAUGAAAAAUUAUUCCGCCUGGAGAUAAUUAUCGAACACGAACUCAACGAGAAUACGUGGUACGACGGUGAUCAGUCACUGAACACGAACAGUGAUGUUUUAUUUGCGAGCAUUUACACAUUAUCGGAAAAGAAGUGGGUGUUUGUUAUUCGAGCUCAUACCGUUGCGUGCGAUCGAACUACGGGAGUGUCAUUGUUGAGGGAGUUAUUGGCAUUGAUGGGAGAUGAAGGUAGCGGAGGAGGGUUAGAGAUGGAAAUAGGGAAUAAGGGGGAGGUUAAUUUGGGAAUUGAAGAUCUUAUUCCUAAUGGAAAAGCUAAGAAGGGAUUAUGGGAACGUGGAGUGGACAUGCUUGGAUACUCUGUAAAUUCAUUGAGAUUAACUAAUUUGAAAUUCAAAGACUCCAAAUCAAAUAGAUCAAGCCAGGUUGUGAGAUUUCAAAUCAACAAGGAUGAUACUGAGAGAAUAUUUACCGGUUGCAAGAGGAGAGGGAUUAAGCUAUGCGGAGUGUUGGCGGCGGCGGGGUUGAUGGCGGCACAUGGGCCUGGCUCCUCCGUCAAGUCCCUUUCCGAUCAUCACCGGAAGAAGUACGGCGUCGUUACGCUCCUCGAUUGUCGUUCCAUUCUCGACCCGUCUCUGUCUACACAUCACUUUGGAUUUUACCACUCGGCCAUUCUGAACACUCACGUUAUGAAAGGAGGAGAAACUGUGUGGGAACUGGCGAAGAAAAUGUACGCGGCAUUCGAGAACUCCAAAAAUUCAAACAAGCAUUUGACAGACAUGGCGGAUCUCAACUUCCUCAUGUGCAAGGCCAUCGAUAAUCCUGGAUUGACUCAGUCCUUCUUACGGACAUCCUUCAUGUCGGUCUUCGAGGACACAGUCAUCGACAAUUCCGACGAGAUGUAUUCCAAGGUCGGGAUCGAUGACUGCAUCGGUUGCGCUUCGGUUCAUGGAAUCGGCCCGUCGAUAGGCAUUUUCGACACCGUGCGCGACGGCCGGCUGGACUGCAUCUGCGUGUAUCCGGCGCCGCUCCACUCCAGGGAGCAAAUGCAGGGGUUAGUCGAUGAGAUGAAGGGAAUUCUUAUCGACGGUUCACAAAUUAGAUGAGUAUUAUGUAAAUUCACAAACU